AUGGAAGUGUUGAUGCUGUGUCUUUUCCCUUGGAUAAUUCAGUGCUUUUCUGUACGGGCGGACUCCAUCAUCCACAUUGGUGCAAUUUUUGAAGAUAAUGCAGCAAAAGACAUGGAAGUAUUUCAACUGGCGGUGUCAGAUUUGAGUCUUAAUGACGAAAUUCUGCAAAGUGAAAAAAUUACCUUCUCUUUCAAGUACACAGAACCAAACAAUCCUUUCCAAGCAGUACAAGAAGCCUGUGAACUGAUGACUCAGGGGAUCUUAGCCUUAGUGACGUCUACUGGUUGUGCCUCAGCAAACGCUCUUCAAUCACUCACAAACGCAAUGCACAUUCCUCACAUCUUUGUACAGCGCAAUACAGGUGGAUCGCCACGUACAGUUUGUCACUUUAACCCAACUGCAGAAGGAGAGGAGUAUACGUUAGCUGCUAGACCACCCGUACGCCUCAAUGACGUAAUGCUAAAACUGGUUACUGAACUUCGAUGGCAAAAAUUUAUAGUGUUUUAUGACAGUGAUUAUGAUAUUCGUGGUUUGCAGAGUUUUUUGGACCAAGCAUCACGAUUAGGACUUGAUGUUUCAUUACAGAAAGUGGACAGAAAUAUCAGUAGAGUAUUUGCGAGUCUUUUCACCUCUAUGAAGACAGAAGAGUUAAAUCGAUACCGCGACACUUUGCGGAGAGCCAUCUUACUUCUGAAUCCAAGGGGUGCACAGAAUUUCAUCAAUGAGGCAGUGGAGACUAACCUUGCUUCUAAGGACAGCCACUGGGUCUACGUGAAUGAGGAAAUAAGUGAUGCAGAAAUAGUAGAAUUGGUUCAUAGUGCACUCGGCAGGAUUACAGUCAUAAGACAAAUCUUUCCCUCGCCAAAAGACAACAAUAUCAGAUGUAUGCGCAAUAACCAUCGUAUCGCCUCCCUACUUUGUGAGCCGCAAGAAGGCACUCUGCAAAAGUUUCAGGUGUCCAAUCUAUAUCUGUAUGACAGUGUACUAAUGCUGGCCAACGCAUUUCAUAAAAAAUUGGAAGAGAGAAAAUGGCACAGUAUGGCAAGUUUAAACUGCAUGAGAAAAUCAACUAAGCCAUGGAAUGGCGGGCGAUCAAUGUUAGACACAAUAAAAAAGGUUCGUAUAACAGGAUUAACUGGGAUUAUGGAAUUUAAAGAAGACAGUGCUAACUCACAUGUGCAGUUUGAAAUCGUUGGGACUAGCUACAGUGAGACAUUUGGCAAGGAAGUGCGAAGGUGGGCAACCUGGGAUUCAACAAGGGGUCUCAACGGAAGCUUACAAGAGAAACGACUGGACAUUGAUCUGCAAGGAAUAACAUUGAAAGUGGUGACUGUCUUGGAAGAACCUUUUGUUAUGGUGGCAGAAAAUAUUCUUGGGCAGCCUAGAAGAUAUAAAGGUUUCAGCAUAGAUGUUUUGGAUGCUCUUUCUAAAAACUUGGGUUUUAAAUAUGAGAUUUAUCAAGUACCUGAUGGAAAAUAUGGACAUAAACUUCCAAAUGGUUCAUGGAAUGGCAUGAUUGGAGAACUCAUAAACAAGAGGGCAGAUAUAGCUUUGUCAGCAAUCACCAUAACUCCUGAACGGGAAAGUGUGGUAGACUUCAGCAAACGCUACUUGGACUAUUCAGUAGGAAUUCUCAUCAAGAAACCAGAAGAAAGAAUAAACAUCUUUUCGCUUUUUGCGCCCUUUGACUUUGCUGUGUGGGCAUGCAUCGCAUCUGUAAUACCAGUGGUUGGAGUCUUGAUAUUUGUCUUAAAUAGGAUUCAAGCAGUUCGAGCACAAAAUUCAUCACAGCCGCCUUCUUCAACGUCGUCUACUUUGCAAAGUGCAAUAUGGAUUGUUUAUGGCGCAUUUGUUCAGCAAGGUGGAGAUUCUAUUGCAAAUUCUGUGGCAAUGCGGAUAGUAAUGGGAAGCUGGUGGCUUUUUACUCUUAUUGUCUGUUCUUCCUACACGGCAAAUCUUGCUGCAUUUCUAACAGUAUCAAGAAUGGACAACCCUAUAAGAACAUUUCAAGAUCUGGCCAAACAAAUGGAUAUGUCAUAUGGAACUGUAAAGGAUUCAUCAGUGUAUGAAUAUUUUAAGGCAAAAGGCACUAAUCCUUUGGAACAGGACAGCACAUUUGCAGAGCUAUGGAGGACUAUAAGUAAGAAUAAUGGAGCUGAUAACUGUGUGUCAAGCCCAUCUGAAGGUAUAAGAAAGGCGAAAAAAGGAAACUAUGCUUUUUUGUGGGAUGUAACAGUGGUGGAAUAUGCGGCUUUGACGGAUGAUGAAUGUUCGGUAACCGUCAUUGGUAACAGCAUUAGCAGCAAAGGCUAUGGAAUUGCUCUACAACAUGGCAGCCCAUACAGAGAUAUCUUCUCACAAAGAAUACUUGAAUUUCAAGACACGGGUGACUUAGAUGUUCUCAAACAGAAGUGGUGGCCACGUAUGGGGAGAUGCGAUCUGAAUAGUCACAACAACGCACAGACAGAUGGAAAGUCACUAAAGCUGCACAGUUUUGCUGGAGUCUUCUGCAUUUUGGCCAUAGGUCUUCUUCUUGCUUGUCUUGUUGCGGCAUUGGAGCUAUGGUGGAACAGCAACCGUUGUCGCCAGGAUUCACCAAAAGAGGAUAAAGAAGUAAACUUGGAGCAAGUACAUAGACGUAUGAACAGUUUAAUUGAUGAGGACAUGGCUCACAAGCAGUUAUCAACAGCAUCUAUUGAAAUAUCUGCAUUAGAAAUUGGAGGUAUGCAAUCAAGUCAAACUUUGGAGCCAGUACGGGAAUACCAGAAUACUCAACUAUCCGUCAGUACAUUUUUACCAGAACAGACAAGUCAUGGAGGAGGAAGGACACAUUCUUCCAUAUCAAGUAGUAACUUACCCCUGCCCCUUAGCAGUUCAGCCACCAUGCCCUCAAUGCAAUGUAAACACAGAUCGCCAAAUGGAGGACUAUUUCGACAAAGCCCUGUAAAAACACCCAUGCCAAUAUCAUUCCAGUCAAUGUCUGGAGGACCUAUUCCAGAAGCCAUUGAGCCUUCUCAUGGAACAUCUAUAUAAUUAAAACAAU